AUGUCGUCCGAGACGAAGGAAAUCGGUGAGCUCCCCCCCCGGAAAAAGCCCCAAUUAGCUGUCCCAUCCAAUCCCUCCUCUUCCAUUCCAUACUACUCUCUGGCCAACCCAGAUACCCUCACCAAGUACAAGACCGCCGCUCAGAUCUCCGAGAAGGUUCUUGCUGAGGUGUCCAAGCUCGUCGUUCCUGGCGCCAAGAUCGUCGACAUCUGCCAGCAGGGUGACAAGCUGAUCGAAGAAGAGGUUGCCAAGGUUUACCGAGGAAAGAAGAUCAACAAGGGUUUCUCUCACCCCACUACCGUCUCUCCUUCGUCCUACGUCACUCCCUACACUCCUCUCACCUCCGACGAGGCUGAGGCCAACACCGAGAUCAAGGAUGGUGAGGCUAUCAAGAUCCAACUAGGCGCCCAGAUCGAUGGCUUCGGUUCCAUUGUCUGUGACACCGUGAUUGCCACCCCAGAGGACAAGGCUGGCGACAAGAUCACCGGUCGCACCGCUGACCUGGUUCUUGCCAACUACUAUGUAAACGAGCUUCUCCUGCGACUGAUGAUCCCCCCUGGUCUCCUCACUCAGGGGAGCGAGGAGGAGAAGGCCAAGGCGGCCUCUCAGAAGGCCCCUACACAGGCCAAGAUCACCAGCCUCCUGGAAAAGGUCACCAAGGCCUACGAAGUUAACCUCGUCGAGAGCACCACCUCUUGGUUGUUCGACCACAACGAGAUCGAGGGUAGCAAGAAGAUUGUCCUUGCCCCCGCGGAGGGCACCAAGGGCGAGGGUGUUCCUGAGGUUGGUGAGGUAUGGGGUGUCGAGACCGGUGUCAGCCUGGGCUCGGGCAAGGUGAAGGGUCUUGAUCAGCGUGCUACCCUCCACCGACGCACCAACCAGACUUACGGUCUCAAGCGACCCACAUCGCGAAAGAUCCUCAACGAGGUCCAGAAGAAGUUCGGCAUCUUCCCCUUCAGCUUGCGACAGCUUGAGGACGAGCGUGAUGCCAAGUCUGGUGUCGUCGAGUGUGUCCGUGGCAACGUAUUCCGCCAAUAUGAGCUAGUUGGUGACAAGGACAACUCCCCUGUUGCUCGAUAUCUCACAACCCUCGCCAUUACCAAGAACGGUAUCACCAAGCUUGGUGGCCCACCCCCUCUGGACCUCGAGAAGUAUGAGUCCGACAAGAAGAUUGAGGAUGAGGAGGUUCUCAAGAUCCUGGAGCAGCCCCUGGCCAGAAACACUGGCAAGAAGAAGAGCAAGCCUAAGAAGAAGACCGCCAAGAAGGAGGAUGACGAAGAGUAA